GGGUUACUUAAGAUACCAACUUUUUGAAGGAUUUAAAAAUAUGGAAGAAGGCUUACUAAUUGGUGAUAUAGAAUGUUAAAUAUCGAAAGCUUGUUUCAUAAGAAAAGAGGCUCACCAAGUUUAUUUCUGGACAAAAAAGACUCAUUCAGCGAGAAAGAUGCAACCAAAGAAGAAUGUGGAAAUGGUCAAAUGGAGGGACUCGACAUAAGAGCAAGAUUUAAGCUUAUGCUUUAUUCUCCCUCAACAACUGUCCUAGAGACAGAGAGGGACCUCAGAUAUGUAUCCGAUAUUUACGACCCAUAGAUGUAACCAAAGUUUCGUGGUUACAUUCCGAAAAGGGAAAUAAGAUAUGAUAACCAAUAAUUUUAUA